AUGAGCGGGAAGGCAGCGCGCGUCAAGAGGAAGCCCAUCUUCCGGGAUCGCGAUGGAGUGAACGACGGCAAGUCUUCGCUGCAGGUCGUGUUGGAAUGGCUGUCGACUGAGACAAGCUACAACAAGUGGCGGGGCAACGUUCGUGAGAAAAUAAACACGAUUGAGAAGCAAUUUCAGGAGGCACUUGACUUUCAGGCGCAAGCUGGUGCCGGAAUCACGAGUGAAUCAACCCUUAGCGGCGAGAUUCUGAAGCGAUGCCCCUACUACUACCAACUUACUGCUGUGUUCGAAGCUCGACCCUCCGCCCGCCCUCGUGUUACGUCGGACGACAUCGGCGACAGUGCGGACGCUUCUGAUAUAGGAAGUGCGAUUGUUCAACGAACAGAGAAGCGCCCGCUGGCCUUGGACGACGAAGCGAAUUUAAAGCGACUAAAGGCAGAUCCGGUGGAGAAGAUGCUGGCCCAACAGAGCAAGACGUGCAAACUGAGAGCGGACAAGACCAGCCGUAUGCUCCAGCUUCACGAGAACGAGUUUAAACUCAAGCAACGUGAGGUCCAGCUCAAAAAAGACAGAAACAAGCGUGAGAGUGCUCAACCGAUGUUGAGUUAG